GACGUCACCGCGCACAGACGGUGAUGGCGGAUGUUACCGAGAUCGACGCGAUGAAGCACUUUCACGGCGGUUUCGAGAAAAUCGACAAAGAGACGUGCCGUUAUCCGCACUGCGUCGUGUGGACUCCCAUCCCGGUUCUGUCGUGGUUCCUGCCGUUCAUCGGUCACAUGGGCAUCUGCACGUCUACGGGCGUCAUCAGAGAUUUCGCAGGGCCGUACUUCGUAUCGGAGGACAACAUGGCGUUCGGGAAACCCACCAAGUACUGGAGGCUGGAUCAGAGUAAAGUGUGCGGCGGCGGGACGAACGCCUGGGACCUGGCCGUGCACGAGGCGUCCGAGGAGUACAAGACCAGGAUGCACAACCUGUGCUGUGAUAACUGUCACUCUCACGUGGCCAUGGCUCUAAACCUCAUGAGAUACGAUAACAGCUCGUCCUGGAACAUGGUCAACCUCUGCCUGCUGUCCUUCAUCCGCAGCAAACACGUCAGCUUCGUGGGCUUCCUGAAGACCUGGCUGCCCUUCCUGAUGAUUUGUGGCGUGAUGGUCACCAUCUCCCUGGCGCUCCACCUGCGAUGACCGAGGCUCGCCGGCCCACGCUGCUCAGGACCACAGAGAAGACACACAGAAGACACAGAGGAGACACAGAGAAGACACAGAGGAGACACACAGAAGACACAGAGAAGACACACAGAAGACACACAGAAGACACAGAGGAGACACACA